AUGGUCCUGCCUGUGCUGCUUCGCAUCGGCUGUAUUGGCUUGGUGUUUGCGUGCAAUGCGGUGAUGUGGACGGUCUUUGCGAAAGCCCUGCGACUCUCCUUCUCCUCAGCCGCUGCCUCUGUGACGACAACAGCCUCCAACUUCAUCUCUUCAGCCAUCCUGGGCAAGCUUCUCUUCGGGGAGACGUGGACACCUCUGUGGUGGGUCGGCUUCGCCGUGACGCUCUGUGGCCUCAUGCUGCUGCAUACGGCUGCGCCCCCGCCAGCGUGGCUCCCAGCAGAGAAGAAGGAGGUCAUCACGGGCUGCAGCUUCAUCCUGCCUGUGGGAGUUGGGGAUGGAGGUUGGCUGCAUGAGCAGCUCGCCUCCUCCCCUGAAAAAGCGGAGCCUCUUCGUUUUAACAGCACGAGGUGUAGCCUGUGGAUGUGUGUCCACACUGCAAUCACCAGUGCGGUCAUACAUGCACACUCGAAGCUGGUUCAUGGCUCAGUGGCAGGAGGGUGGAUACGGCCCUGGAGUAACUGCACCCACCCUGCUGGACCAUUUCCAAGCACACAUUGUGGGCUGCAGGAUCGCACGGAGCAGACUCCCUGGGUGGUGCUGGGAUGGGGUCAGAGCAAUACGGUUUUCAUUCCUUCUGGAGGAACCUACCUGAGGGUCACUGGGAUUGACUUUCUCAAGAGCGAGAACUGCCGCCUGCACCACACGGAUGCGUACAACAUCAACAACCUGGUGGUGCGGCGUGGGAAGGACUUUCAGCUCCUGCUCAGCCUCAGCAGGGAGCUGAAGGCUGCCGACAGCCUGACUCUGCAUUUCAGCAUCGGCGAAACGCCAACGACAGUUAGGGGGACUCUGGUGUCGCUGGACCCGAAGGAGGAGGAGGAUAGCAAUGGGUGGAAAAUCUCCGUCGUCAAGAACAGCGGCAAAGAGUGCCUGCUGUCUGUCACCAGCUCACCCGCGGCCCCGGUGGGAAAAUACACCCUGAACGUGAAGGCUGGGACUAGCACUUACAAGCCCCAAAACAGUGCUGUCUACCUUUUGUUCAAUCCUUGGUGUGAAGAUGAUGUUGUCUUCCUGGCUGAUGAGGCGCAGAGAAAGGAGUACGUGCUCAACGAUACAGGCUACAUCUAUGUCGGGUCUGCAUACAGCAUAUACGGUAGACCCUGGAAUUUUGGUCAGUUUGAGGAAUUCGUCUUGGAUGCCUGCAUGUAUCUGCUGGACAAAAGCAGACUCAAGCUAAGCAGUAGAAGGGAACCUAUGUCAGUGUCCAGAUCCAUGUCUGCUUUGGUUAAUGCCAACGAUGAUAAUGGGGUGCUACUGGGGAACUGGUCAGGGAAUUACAACGGCGGGACCUCCCCUUCGGAUUGGAUUGGGAGCGUCUCCAUUUUGCAGGAGUAUUACAAAACGAAGAGGCCAGUCCGUUAUGGUCAGUGUUGGGUCUUCGCAGGAGUCCUCACUACAGUCAUGCGCUGCUUGGGGAUCCCGUCCCGCUGCGUGAGUAACUUCAACUCGGCACACGAUACGGAGGAGAACCUGAGAGUUGACAUUUACCUGAACGAAUAUGGAGAAAAGCUGAACUCGCUGUCCGUCGACUCCAUCUGGAACUUCCACGUGUGGAACGACGUCUGGAUGAAGCGGACGGACCUGCCGUCAGGGUUUGAUGGCUGGCAGGCAGUCGAUUCAACCCCUCAGGAGCGAAGUGAAGGUAUUUUCCAGUGUGGUCCAUGCCCGUUGAAAGCUAUCCGAGAAGGGGAUGUGUAUUUGCCUUUCGACAGCAAGUUUGUGUAUGCAGAAGUGAAUGCUGACAAAGUCUACUGGCUCGUCAAAAAGGUGAACGGCCAGAAUACGUACACCAAGAUUAGCACGGAGACCCGAGGCGUCGGCAUGAAUUUAAGCACAAAAGCUGUGGGGCGGAACAUGCGGCAAGACAUCACCAUGGAGUACAAGUACCCUGAAGGCUCUGCAGAGGAAAGGAAGUCUAUGGAGAGAGCUUCCUCAUUCAUAAACUCUCCAAGAAUGAUGAUUCGUGCAAGCUAUGCUUCAGUGACUCCCAUGGCCUUCACGACUGAGGUCCUCCAGGACACGGUCUCCAAGACUGGGCUCCAGCUUGACGUAACCCAUACAAAACCUUUGUAUCCUGGCAAUCCCCUUGAAAUGGCCAUCACAGUGAAGACCUCUACUCCUGGGAGCUGGACCAUCAAUCUUUCUGGCUCCUGCCAGCUGCAGUCCUAUACUGGGAAAGUUCAGGCCAGCCUUGGGCACAUUAAGGAGACCGUCAAGCUUGAAGGCGAAUCUGAGACACAGGUCCCUCUGAAAAUCACACCCGACGCAUACAUGAAGACACUGGACUCAGUGGAAGACGAAGGGCUCAUCCACAUCACCACCAUUGCCGAGGUCCAGGAGACGAAUGACAAACUCACCAAGGAGAUGACGAUGAACUUCGAGUACCCCCCCAUCACCGUCCAGAUGCCAGAAAAGGCCAAACUGAACGAGGAGUUCCGCUGUGCCUUCAUCUUCAAGAACAAGCUGAACAUAGCCAUGGAAAACUGCAAGCUGCUGGUGGAGGGCUUGGGCAUGUUUAAGAUGUCAACAUUUGAUCAGGGAGACCUAAAGCCUGGCAAGAUCAUGAAGUCUGAAAUAAUAUGCACUCCUACGAAACUAGGAGAGAAGAAAAUAGUAGCCAAGCUGACCUCGACCCAGAUCAAAGCGAUCUCUGCAGAGAAGGACAUAAUCAUCACUGAGUAG